CCGUGUAGACCCGGUCUGCUAGUCUUUGACCGAACACUCUCGAAAGCGUCGUUAACUCGUUAUGACGUUACCUCCCUGCAACUUUUCUUUUCUGCCAUAGUUGUUCUUCAGCUAACCUUCAUUUUACACAUAAAUCCACUAACUUAACCAAAAUCAACACACAAUCGCAUCAACAUCAACAUGAGGAAGCGAGAUUUAGCAAUCCUGAUGCUCGCCGCUUUCGCAAUUUUCUUCUCUCUUCAGCAUGAAGGCGAUUUUUCGUUUAAGGAGGCGUGGUAUCAUUUAUUGGACGAGUAUCCGAUUAAGUACGAAGGUGAGCGUCUUCCUCCGCCAAUUGUGACUGAUCUUAAUGGCGAUGGGAAGAAAGAGGUGCUUGUGGCUACUCAUGAUGCUAAAAUUCAGGUUUUGGAGCCUCACACUAGGCGAGUGGACGAAGGGUUUAGUGAGGCUCGUGUUCUUGCAGAGGUGAGCCUGUUACCCGAUAAGAUCCGGGUUGCUUCGGGCAGACGGGCAGUGGCCAUGGCAUCAGGGGUGGUUGACAGAACAUUUAAACCUGGUCAAGUACAAAAACAGGUCUUGGUUGUUGUGACAUCGGGCUGGUCUAUAAUGUGUUUUGAUCACAACCUCAAAAAACUAUGGGAGACAAACGUUCAGGAGGAUUUUCCACACAAUUCUCACCAUAGGGAAAUAUCUAUCUCUGUGAGUAAUUAUACAUUAAAACAUGGAGAUGCUGGGCUUGUAAUUGUUGGGGGACGAAUGGAAAUGCAGCCGCAUAUGCAUCUCGAUCCUUUUGAAGAAAUUAAAAUGGCUGAGGAAAGUGCCGAACCACAUAGAAGAAGCGCUAGCGAGAAAGAAUCUGCAGAUGUGUCGGGAGCUGUGGAUUUACGCCAUUUUGCCUUUUAUGCUUUUGCGGGGCGAACGGGUACACUCCGCUGGAGUAGAAAAAAUGAGAAAAUUGAAGCAGCUCCAUCAGAUGAAUCGACACUAAUUUCACAACAUAAUUAUAAGCUUGACGUUCAUGCUCUUAAUAAGCGCCAACCCGGAGAGUUUGAAUGCAGGGAGUUUAGAGAAUCAAUCCUUGGAAUUAUGCCACAUCAUUGGGAUAGGCGGGAGGAUACACUGCUAAAGCUGGCACAUUUUAGGCGGCACAAAAGGAAGGCGGUGAAGAGAACACCUGGAAAAGCUUCAAACUACCCGUUCCACCUCCACAAGCCAGAGGAAAACCAUCCUCCCGGAAAAGACUCAACCAAAAAGAUUUCGAAUUUGAUCGGAAAAGCUGCAAAUUUUGCUAAUUCAGCCAAGAGUAAGAAGGCAUCACCAUAUGUUCCCACAAUUACAAAUUACACGCAACUAUGGUGGGUACCAAAUGUCGUCGUGGCUCAUGAAAAGGAAGGGAUCGAGGUUUUGCAUUUGGCGUCCGGUCGCACAUUAUGCAAGCUUCACCUUCUAGAGGGUGGCUUGCAUGCUGAUAUAAACGGAGAUGGAGUUCUUGAUCAUGUCCAGGCUGUUGGGGGGAACGGUGCCGAGCAAGCAGUUGUUAGCGGGUCAACGGAAGUGCUAAAACCGUGCUGGGCAGUUGCAACAUCUGGCGUACCCGUACGCGAACAACUUUUCAAUGUUUCCAUAUGUCAUCACUCACCGUUCAACUUGUUCCCGCAUGGAGAAUAUUCUAGAAGCUUUGGAAGAGCUCUAGAUGUAAAUUCACUCGAGGUAGCAACACCGAUCCUCAUCCCAACUAAUGAUGGCCAUAACCAUCGCAAAGGAAGCCAUGGAGAUAUCAUUUUCUUAACAAAUCGCGGGGAGGUAACAGCGUACACACCAGGUUUGCAUGGACACGAAGCGGUUUGGAAAUGGCAGCUGUUAACCGGUGCAACAUGGUCAAACCUCCCAUCGCCAUCAGGGAUGAUGGAUGCGGGUUACGUGGUCCCCACUUUCAAACCGUUCAAUUUGCGGAUGCAUGAUAAUCAACAUUUGAUCUUAGCAGCGGGAGAUCAAGAGGCUAUAGUGAUAUCUCCUGGUGGAAGUCAACUGACGUCGAUUGACCUUCCUGCACCGCCAACUCAUGCGUUGGUUGAUGCGGAUUUUUCAAACGAUGGGUUAACCGAUCUUAUUGUUGUGACUUCCAACGGGGUGUAUGGGUUCGUUCAAACCAGACAACCGGGUGCAUUUUUCUUUAGUACACUUGUUGGCUGCUUGAUCGUUGUGAUGGGGGUUAUUUUCGUCACUCAACACUUAAACUCAAUGAAGGGUAAACCUCGAGUUCCCUCCGGCCACAUUUAAAGCUCACAAUGCUGAUUUUGAAAGAUUGACAGAGUUGUAUACAAAAUCAACAAUCCAAAUGUUUUAUUUUGGUAGAGGUCUGUUUAUAUAUAUUUUUUACUUUUUAAGUUGGGUAUAAGAAGGCUUAUGAGCUUGUAGAGUUGUGGUAUACCGACGAUUUUGUAUUACAAAUGUGACCGCCAGGCACACCACCUUUCUAUCUCCAA